AUGGAAGAACAUAAUACAUCAUUACUUUCUCCACUAUCACUACCGCCACCCCCAUCUUUAUUGUCUAUACCAACCACCAUCACCCAAGAUUUCAGCUUUUUCAACGAUACCUUCUUUGAAAAGUCACUUUCUGGCUUGGUAAACGUUGGAGACUUUGGUCCUUCCUUAUAUGAGUGGUUAGACAUAGCUGAAGAAGAUGCUGCACCAACUGAGACGCCAAUAAAGCAUCCUAUUCCUUCUUUGUCUCCAUACGUAGUUAUUCUAGAAUUUACUGAAGUAGUUGCAGAGUCACAAAAUCCAAUCCUUUCCAUAAUCCCAUCCAAUCCUGAGGUGGUCGUUUCUAACAAUAACAUCACCAACAACAGAGUUGGAGGGGCUAAACGUUUAGAAAAAUCAAUUGUUGGUGGAAAUGGAAAUCUGAGAGGCGAUGAACCAGAUGAUGAAGAAGAUAAUAUUAUAACUAGGUUGAAACUUCGAGCAUCGACGAUGGCAUCGGUUGCUGAUACCAUGAGCAUGAACAACAAAAGGAAUAAAAAUAAUCUUUCAAAAAUUACUUACUUGACAAAGAGCGAGUCUGAAAACCUCGAAGAUGGUUAUAAAUGGCGCAAGUACGGCAAAAAAUCACUCAAAAAGAGCCCUUUCCCAAGGAGCUACUAUCGUUGCACUGCAAUUGGUUGCAAUGCGAAGAAGAGAGUGGAGCGGUACGUGGAUGAUCCCACCCAUGUACUAACCACCUAUGUGGGUUUGCACGCUCAUGAUUUGCCACCAAUCCUCCCUCCUCCAUCAAGAUCUUUCAACCUCUACAAUAACUCCACCGUUAGCCCUGAUAAAGGAAGCGAUGUACAAAAACCUGUACUUUCAGAUGCAAGUGCCGGUGCAAGGGAAAGAAAGCAUGGCAAUAACACUAUUACUAAUGUUAAUGUUAAAACUGACAGUGAUAGUUGUGUUAAUGACAUUGGCACGAUUGAGGAUACUGGUACCGGAUUGCUUGAGGAUAUUGUUAAUUUGUCAUCAAUAGCACCUCAUCAUCAACAUCAUCAACCAACAUCUCUAUAG